AUGGAGCAGACAAUGCCCGAUCCCGCCCCUUAUCAGGCCCGAACCCCUCGAAGACAAAGAAUUAUCGUUGCUAUUACGGGCGCGACAGGGGCGCUUCUUGGAAUCAAAGCCUUGAUUGCUCUCAGACGUCUUCACAUCGAGACUCAUCUGGUGAUCUCUAAAUGGGCAGAAGCAACAAUCAAAUAUGAGACGGACUACCACCCGUCUGCGGUGCGGGCGUUAGCGGAUCAUGUCUACAGUAUCAACGAUAUGGCCGCCCCCAUCGCCAGUGGCUCGUUCCUAGCGUCCGGGAUGAUCGUGGCUCCGUGUAGUAUGAAGACUCUGGCGGCCAUACACAGCGGGUAUUGCGAUGACUUGAUUUCCCGCGCCGCAGAUGUCAUGAUCAAGGAGAAGAGGAAGCUUGUGCUUGUCACGCGCGAGACUCCCCUGAGCGAGAUUCACCUCCGGAAUAUGCUCGAGGUGGCGAGAGCAGGAGCAGUCAUCUUCCCUCCUGUGCCGGCUUACUAUAUAAAGCCAUCUUCGGUAGACGAUUUGGCCGACCAGACGGUCGGAAGACUGUUAGACCAGUUCAAUCUGGACACAGGGGAUUUUGAGCGAUGGGAAGGCUGGAAGAAGGAGCGGGAAGUAUGA